CUUUCCCUCCUUAAACCUGGAGGAGCACAGCCCUGCCGUGCUCAGGGGGUUUGUGGGCUCCUUGCUGAGGGGCACCUCUGUUCCCUGCACUGCCCAGAGCCAGCCCCUUCCUCGGGACAUACAUUUUCCACAGCCUGGGGUGUGGAUGCCUUUCAUUUCCCAGACUCGUGCGGGAGUCAGGCUCAGGGGUGCUGAGGGUUCUCUUUCUCCCGCACUCAUUUAAAUCACAGAAUAAAACAACCCAAGCCCGGGGGUGUUUGAAAUGUGAGGAGCCUUUUCUUAAAGCCCUCUGAAAAUCUAGGGGGCUGGGCACCAGUUAGCACUGAGGAGCAUUUCCUUUGGAAGCCCGUAUUUCAUAGAAAUACAGAUAUAAAUAUUCUAAUUACUGCGUCCUGCAGCCUCGGGGGAGGCCUGUGCUGCUGUGGGAAUCAAGGAGCUGGUGCUGGGGGUUAUCAGACAAACCGUCCUGCUCUCUUUGCUGACAGUCCCAGGUUGGUUCGAGCUGGCAGAAGAGUCUCUGCGAAAUGGCAACUGCUCAGAAGCAAAGGAAUUGCACGAGCGCAGUUGUGUUCCCCAAACAAAUAGCCACGGAGCAGCAGUCCCUGAUGCUGGUGAAGAGGCUCCUGGCGGUGGCCGUGUCCUGCAUCACGUACCUGAGAGGGAUCUUCCCUGAGAGUGCCUAUGGAACGAGAUACAUGGAUGACGUCUGUGUCAAAAUCCUGAGGGAAGACAAGAACUGCCCUGGCUCCAGCCAGCUGGUGAAAUGGAUGCUGGGGUGCUACGACGCCUUGCAGAAGAAAUACCUCAGGCAGAUCGUCCUCGCUGUCUACACCCAGCCAGAAGAUCCUCAGGUAAAUCAGCUGGAAUGUUUAGUUGGGAAGGCCAGGCCAGCAUCCUGCUCAUCCAUGAGAUCUCACAUGACUCUCUGUCCCAGCAGAGAUCCCUGUGGCUCUCCCAUCCCGUGUUUGGACACGAGGAAGGCCAGCAUCCUGCUCAUCCGCAAGAUCUUCGUGCUGAUGCAGAACCUGAGCCCGCUGCCCAGCGACGUCUGCCUCACCAUGAAGCUGCUCUACUACGACGAGGUGACACCCCCCGAUUACCAACCCCCGGGCUUCAGGGAGGCCAAGUGUGAGGGGCUGGUGUUCAACGAGGAGCCCACCCACCUCAACGUGGGUGAGGUGCCCACCCCCUUCCACCUGCUCAAACUCAAGAUCACCACGGAGAAGCAGCGCAUGGAACACGUGGACAGAGGCAUCCUGGGGCAGGGAAGGAGGGAGGAGUCCCUCCAGCCGGGAGAAGAGAUCCCGGACGUGAAUGAGGAGCCUGCCCCGGAUACCAAAGUGGGGGAUGAGAACCACGAGGAUGUUUCAGAAGCUCAAGAAACAAACUCCACCUGUGGAGAGGAAGCUGGAGGGAUCCAGACUCCAAAUGUUUCUAAUCCUCAGGUGGAUCAUUUGGCCCAAAAGACGUCUGAGCUGGUUGUGUCAGAGAGCAGGACGAGGAGUGGGAAGAUCUUUCAGAGCUGCCUUGUCAGUACCACCUUGUUUUUCUUCAGUUCUUCCUAUUUUCUGUUCUUUUGCUGUUCCAAGCAGUGGAACGAAACCCCGAGCUUGAUUUAUGAAACUCCCAUCCCUAAAUUCCCACGGAAUUUGGGAGGAGGAAUUCUGUCCCCAGGGGUCCCAAGCUGGUGA